AUGACGACCAUAGGUGAACCUAUAACCAUGACAGAGUUUCAGCCUGCGCCUACACCGUCUUUUCCUCCGCCGCCAGAUCCAAGGCUAAACCUGCCUGUCUCGGCUCCACACAUUGGACACGGACUUCCUUCGUCUAGAGCAGCGUCCGAGCUCUCGCUGCGGGAGUAUGUGGCUUUGCAGAAGCAGCGGCGAUACAAUGACCCCGUCGCCGAGAAUCGUCUACGUACCCAACGUGAGGUAGUGCUCGCUGACCUCCGGACGCUGAGGAGCGAUGUCUCAGCUCUGGUCAAAGCCGGAGAGUCACAUAGAUGGGGACGUUGGGUACUGGGUGGAUUCGUAGCGUCACUUAUCCCAGCCGUCCGGCGGAUCUUCCGGCGGCCCUCGGAUGAUGACGAGUCUUCCAACGACACUGAAUAUGCCUUCAAGCAGAGCAAGUCGCUGAUUUCUCGAAUGUGGAGCACGGUGCGUUACAACGGUGCGCUCGCUUCCAUGGCGCUAUUUGUGCUGUCUGUCUUGUAUGUGUUCCAGGCCGAGGUGAGCCUGCGAGUUGCCAGAACCGUGUCCAAGCGUCUGAAGCGACUUAUUGCUAGGAUUGAGAUAGGCGAUGAGACCAUGGUGGAGAAGGACAUGGGUAUCUUCAAAGGCUGGCGCUGGAGAGUAUUGGCAUGGAAGAGCUGA